AUGAAAAACGGAUGCAGUACGAAGUCGACGCGUUUCCACGAAGCUGAUGAUGAUGAAGAUUUGGACAACAAUGACGACGAUGAAGUGGAGGAAGAAGACGAAGAGGAUGAUGGGUUUGAUGAGAAGGAGAUCAAGAAGUUUCUCGCUGCGAAGAAGAAGCAGACAAGUGCAUCUCGAGCUAGCUUGACGACAGCUAUAAACAAGCAGAAUGUCUCAACCCGCGCUGCGUUAUUGGCCGCUAAGAAGGAAGCGGAGGCCGAGAUUCGCAAUGUAAUGGAGCGCAUUGAUGUCCUCCUUCAGUCUGAUCCUACUCCUACCUUGAACCCAAUGCUCGAUCUCAUCGGUAGUCGUAAUAACGCUGCUGAAGCCGUCCAGGCCCUUUAUGCCAAUGUGAUUGACAAACUAUCUGCUGACAAGGACAUGGCGUUGGAAGCUACGGACAAUCUGGUACAAGAACAGGCCAAGCAGCGAAGGAAGCGGUUCAAGGAAAUCAUUGACAAAGCACAUGGGGCGCUAGAUGAAGGUCAGAUGAACCAAAAGGUUCUCGAGAUGGCACAGCAUCGGUUCUUGGUCUGUUGUUUUCUGGGUUCAGAAAUGGCUGUAUGUCGGCUUUCAGUCUAG